UUUUAAAUUAGUAAUUAUCGCAUUAACAAGGCUUAAGAGGUGUACGAAAUAGUCGCAAAGUGUCAACGCAAGUGCUGAGCAUAAUAUGCAAUUAAAAUUGUGGCAAGUGCGUGUGCCUUUGUCAGCGUAAAUCGCCAACGAAAAAAUUGUGCAAACGCUCAGUGAAAAAAUGCGAAUGUCGUAGUCGUCGCCGUCGCCGCUUUUGAGUCUCCGGCAUCUCUCACCCAAUCGUUGAUGUAUAGUUUCAAUGCAGUGAAAUUGUGUGGCAAGGGCAUCGUGCUUAAUGCUAUGAAUUAAUACACAAAAAGUCAAAUAGUUUUGUGUCCCUGUGUAAAAAUUCUGCGAGCAGCAAGACAGCAGGAGCAGCGAGAGAGCGCAUCAGAGUACGCGCAUUGGCACACACACAUAUAUGCACAUACGUACAUCAUUAUACUCGCAUACAACGUUAAGUUCAGAAGAGCGAAAAACAAUCAUUUGUGGUGAUAAUAAGGUAAAUGGCGCAAAGACGUACGACUGUAAACCAUGCUUUGCAUGUUAUGCGAAAAAUCAAACCGAGAUCAUAACAGCUUAGCCGAAGCACCAGAGCACAGCCUGUACGAAAGAGAGAGGGAGAAAGAGAGAUAGAGAGAGAGUCAUAGAGCGAAGGGGAGAACUAUGUGAAUGCAAACGUGCAGCAAACAGUUCUUAUCAAUUUGAUGUGCCAUUCAGCGAACAACAGCUACAGCAACAACAAAAGCAGUGUCAAGGGCGCCAGGAAACGUAGAAGCUAAGCGAGUAUUAUAAUAUCAACCACAACAGAAACAACAAAUCGCGCAACAAUCCCUCCAUUAAACAAUAUAAAACAAAAAGAGUACUAUUAGCCAGGUUCGCAGUGGAAGUAAUACUGUAACGAAUUUAAGAUCAACAAGCAACAAGAAUAAGAAGAGGAUAAAGAGAGAGGAAAGCAAGCAGAAUCCAUACAUCUCAGUCUCUAUAAUAUAAAUGUCAAGAUAAGUCGUUACCGUUUUAAUACCGCUAUCAACAUUACACAACAGCAGAAACAACAUCAGCAGCAGCAAACCCAACAACAGCAGUCGCACAAGCAGCAACAACAACCCAAAGUAGUAGCUGCAGGGGAGCAGCAGCAAUUAACACCCCAACAACAACAGCAACAAAAAUCAUCAAAUUCAUCGUUAUUAUCAAAAGAGGGCCAAAUAAAUCAUUGCAAAACGCCAAACUCAACCGCAAAAGUCGCCAACAUAACACAUAAAAUUUUCGGUUGGCUACGCAAAUCACGCAGCAAAAAGCCCGUCGAAAUUCUAGCGAGUGAUUUCGGCGACGAAGACGGCGACGAGGGUGUGGGUGCAGCGGGUGCAGUUGCAGCAGGGGCGGCGGUGGACGAUAAUUUUUCAAAUUCAAACGUUACAUACAAAGCCGGCAAGCUGAAUACCACAACGACAGCCACGGAGACCGCCAUCGAUUCAAACGAUCCCAAAUCUGAAAAGAUGUCAUCGGGCACGUUUGUGGAUCGAAUCGACCCGUUCGCCAAACGUUCAUUGAAAAAGAAAAGUAAAAAGAGUCAAGGUUCCUCUCGCUACAGAAAUUCUCAGGAUGUUGAGCUGCAGCAGUUGCCGCCGUUAAAGGCCGAUUGCUCCAGUUUGGAACAGGAGGAGUUGUUCAUACGGAAAUUGCGACAGUGUUGCGUAUCAUUUGACUUUAUGGAUCCCGUAACGGAUUUGAAAGGCAAGGAAAUCAAACGUGCCGCACUCAAUGAUCUAUCCACCUAUAUAACACAUGGGCGUGGUGUGCUAACAGAACCGGUCUAUCCCGAAAUAAUACGCAUGAUUUCUUGUAAUUUAUUUCGGACUUUGCCGCCCAGUGAAAAUCCUGAUUUCGAUCCAGAGGAGGAUGAUCCGACAUUAGAGGCUUCGUGGCCGCAUCUGCAGCUGGUAUAUGAGGUGUUCUUGCGUUUCCUAGAAUCACAAGACUUUCAGGCAACCAUUGGCAAACGUGUGAUCGAUCAGAAGUUUGUGCUGCAGUUGCUGGAGCUGUUCGACUCGGAAGAUCCGCGAGAGCGUGACUUUCUAAAGACGGUCCUGCACCGCAUAUAUGGGAAAUUUCUAGGUUUACGUGCUUUUAUACGAAAACAAAUCAACAACAUAUUCUUGCGAUUCAUUUAUGAAACAGAGCAUUUUAAUGGCGUCGGCGAGCUUUUGGAAAUACUGGGCAGCAUUAUCAACGGUUUUGCCUUGCCGCUGAAGGCGGAACACAAACAAUUUCUGGUAAAAGUUCUGCUGCCGCUCCACAAAGUGAAAUGCCUAUCGCUCUAUCAUGCUCAGCUGGCAUAUUGCAUUGUACAAUUCCUAGAGAAGGAUCCAUUCCUUACCGAGCCGGUGGUGCGUGGUCUGCUAAAGUUCUGGCCAAAGACGUGCUCACAGAAAGAGGUCAUGUUCUUGGGUGAAAUCGAAGAAAUUCUGGAUGUUAUUGAUCCGCCGCAGUUUGUCAAGAUACAGGAACCGCUGUUCAGGCAAAUUGCCAAAUGCGUAUCGAGUCCUCAUUUUCAGGUUGCUGAACGGGCUCUGUAUCUCUGGAAUAAUGAAUACGCCAUGUCCCUCAUAGAGGAGAAUAAUGCGGUGAUCAUGCCAAUCAUGUUUCCAGCGCUAUAUCGCAUUAGUAAGGAACAUUGGAAUCAAACUAUUGUGGCGCUGGUCUAUAAUGUGCUGAAAACGUUUAUGGAAAUGAAUUCAAAAUUGUUCGAUGAGCUGACCUCCAGCUACAAGGCGGAAAGGCAAAAAGAAAAAAAACGUGAAAGAGAUCGCGAGGAGCUGUGGAAGAAACUCCAUGAACUCGAAUCAAAUCGUUCAAGUGGGCGAGCGGGCAAUGCUGCUGCUGGCGGCAGCGCUGCGACAGCGAAUAAUGCCGCGUCCGGUACGGCGGGAACGUCCAGCACAGGGGGGGCUCUCAAUUCUCAUCAGCAGCAGCAACAGUCGAAUAGCAGCAGCAGCGGCAGCUUGUCCAGCGGAGGCGCCGGCGGUGACAAUAAUCCUGCGACAGCAAAUGCAAAAAUCAAAUCUGAGAAGGCCGACAACUAAAGAAAAGCGCACUGGCAACGCAACGCGCGCUAGAAACUAACAAUAAAUCAGAGGAAUAAUCACCGAUGAAACACGAAAGCAAAACAUAGCACACAACAGCAGCAACAAAAGCAAGAACAUAAAACAAAAACCAUAUUGUUAGCUUUUGGAAAUAUUAAAACACAACCGAUGAGCGUUGCGUUGAUUGCUGCGCUCUGUGGCAUAUACAAGCAGUUAUAUAAUAUAAGCAGAAAAGUUAUACAUACAUACAUACUACAUACAUACUACUGAAAGAAAACGCAAAACAUAUGCAAAAAGCAAAAACAAAAAAAAACCAACCAAAAUAUGAAAUCAACAAAAAUUGUAUACUCGUUUUCUGACAAGACACCAACCAAGCAAGCUGGCGCUGAUGUUGUUGUAUGAUUUAGGCGCGGAGGAGGGCAAGGUUAACUAAUUAGUUGAAAGUUGGAAGUGUAGCGAUUUUGGUUAGGACCGAUAGAAGAAAAGAGAGAAGCAGCAGCAACAGCAGCAGCAUACAUCUAUAUAAAUAUAUACAUAAUGUAUCUUAAAAAAUAGAAGAAAAAAAAAAACAACCACAACCACAUACAUAUUAUAAAUAUCUAUUACGAGAGAAAAAAUAUUAUUAUUACGUUUAUGUUUAAGGAAAAAGUAAGAAAACUAAAAUUGAAUAAAGGCGAGGAUAAAAGCGAAGUCUAGACUUGAUGAAUGAAGAUGAAAUAAGAAUGAUGAUAAUUGUUAAAGAGCCAAGCAUUCGCGAAAUAUUUAAAUAAAUAAACCAGCGUAAAACUAAA